AAAAUAUUUGGAUAUAUUAAAUUAAUGGCAUUUAAAGAAAUAUGGCUACAAUAUCCAUCACAUCAGAGGAUAUUCUGGUAACAUAUAAAUCUAAGAUUGAGGAGGCAAUACAACUUUUAUUACACAUACCUCCUCAAUAUAAAGCAGAGGCUUGGCAAUUCUGGCAGAUAGUAACUCAGACAGUCAAGUUAUUUACCCAGUCUUGUAUCGAUGAAGCCACACCUUUUAUUCCGCCUUCCGAUGUCCUUGUGGAUCAGCAGGGGCCAGUACCCACUCCAUUCUUCCCAUCCUCAGGUAUAUCACCAAUAAAAGUGUUGCCGAGUCCAGAAACAAAAUCAAAGAAAAGAUCCAGUUCAACAAAGGAAAAGAAAUCAAGUCUAUCAAAAAAGAAAUCAAGGGAUAAAAAGAAAAUAAGCAAGAAAGCUUCUGUCAAAAAGAAAGCAGAAAAGAAGACAGGGGAAAAGGAAAAUGGUAAAACUUCUAGCAAAGGAAGUCCAGGGAAAUCUGUGAUGACUGACAAUGAAGCUGAGGUGGCAGCUCAGACAUUGACUGAUGCUUACACAACAGUGUUCACCCCUAUAUCAACAUUAGAUUUCUCUGAUCUGAUCUCGAAUCCUAACAGUGUUCAGAGUGUUCAUUUACAUUACGAAGAGUCGAGUGAGGUGACGGUAAAACCUGUGAUCCUUCUUCCCCAGGACGAGCAGAUCAUCGCUGCUGGCAGUGUAAGGACAGUAAGCUCCCAGGGUGAUGUCGAAGAAGAUGAUGAUGCAGUCGAAGCAUCUGAUGUUGUCUCACAAGAGAUUUUAAUAGAAAAUGAGGAGACAUCAGUUAAUGAUAAAAACCAAAAAGAAAAUAAAAGGCCGAAACGAAUAAGGUACAAGAAAAACAUGCGAGUGAAGAGAACUCAAACAGAUCCUGAUUUUGAUCCUGUAGCAAAAUCUAAAAAGGAAAAACUGAAGGAAAGCAAAAAACAAAAACUAAAAGAAGAGAAAGAGAAAAAACAGAAGAGGAAAUCGAUUAAAAAACAAGGAUUUUUGUAUGAAGGACACAGUUAUUCUAAAGUUCCGGAUGAAGUUUUGGAAACUGUGGAUGAGGAGGAUUAUGAUCCGGGAGGAGAUCCAGGUGAAGAUCCGGAGGUAACAACCGGAUUUAUAAGGAUAAAUGGAAGGAAAAAAAGGAAGAGGAAAGAGAAGAAGGAAGCUGUUACCGAUCCGGAGUUUGAUGCUCUAGCCUUUCCACUUCCAAAGAAGUGUAGGAGGAAACGCAGAACAAAGGAGGAACUGUCAAAGGCCUCCUAUGAUUGUAAAGAGUGUGGCAUGACUUUGUCUAGUCAGGGAGCUUUGGAGGUUCACACCAGGUCACACACGGGAGAACGUCCAUUUCAGUGCUCCAUGUGUCCAGACACAUUCACAACUAAAGGUAACCUCCAGCGCCACGAGAAGUAUCAUCAGGGAAUCAAGCCAUUUACCUGUGAUAUCUGUGAUGCCAAAUUCACAGAGAAAAAGAGCCUCAAAGUCCACAUGAGGGUCCAUACAGGGGAAAAACCAUUCAAAUGUAAACAAUGUGAUAGAGCUUUCUCCCAGAGUGGACCUUUGAUAGCACACAUGAGAAUCCAUGAGGGUGUGAAGCCUCACAUGUGUGAAAUCUGUGGUAGUAAGUUUAGACAAAAGAUGAACCUGGUGCUCCAUAAACGACGGCAUCACGAGGUGAAGAUAUUCAAAUGUGGGGAGGAAGACUGCACCAUGACGUUUUGUACAAAAAUUGAACUACAAAGGCACCUGAGAGCCCAUUCUAAAUUCAAAGAUUAUAUGUGUAACAUCUGCAGUAAAACAUACAGUCGAUUUCAGUAUCUUAAAGAACACAUGAAUUCUCACACUGGAGACACGCCAUUUGUAUGUCUCUACUGUCCGGAAAAAUUCAAAGAUCACGGAACCUUCCACAAACACAAGGUCAAACAACAUGGAGACGAAAUAGAGAUCCGUAGUCGAAAACUAGAAAGGGUUCCGAUCGAAAGCCUGGAGGAUAUCAUCAGCCAGGGCUUGAAGAAAGAGACUGGUGAAAGAGGGGCUGAACCUGUGAAAGAGGAUAGUACCGCAACAUCCACAUCUGACAAUAAUGAAAUAUCCACUUCUGACAAUGAUAUAUCCACUGUCCAAAAUCCCCAGAUAAAUAAUGAUGAGGUGCCCACUUUGACAGUACCCACUUCAGCUGGGAUCCAGAUGUCCUCUUUGACAACAAGGAAUGAAGAUGGUGAAGAGGAGACUGUGUUACAUGUUAUACUUAAUGAAUGGAAAGUAAUUGACUGAAGUUAUACAUGUCAUCUCAUUAUCAAAUCUGUAAACUUCAGUUUCAUAUGAUAGGUUUUAUGCACUGUAAUAUCAAACUGUUUUGUUUUCAACUUUUGCAUUUUUUACGAAGUACAUGGAUUAUUUAUCACUUGUAUAUUACAAGUAUGUGUACAGUAUAUAUUAAAUAUUGCA